GGGGGCGCUACAGCGUGCGUGCAGACUCGCCUGUGAUUGGUCCGUUCAUGUUCCGCUCGUGGACGCGGUUUGUUUGGAACAAUUUUGCUAGCGCCGUUGCUCAAGUAAAAGGCCUGCGAUAAAACACAAAAUCUACGUUAAAUAAACCGCUGACUACAUUUUGUGCAAAUAAGUGGUAAGAUAUAGCGUUGAAAUGGAUGACAUUGCACAGUCUUUGCUGAAGAGACUUGUUAGACGGAUACCAAGACAAAUGCUUCAACCUACGCUCGAAAAAUGGGGUCGUUUACAGAAAGCGCAGCUGGAGUCCAUGGAUUUUACCUUGUCAAAGUAUGCUUUAACAGAAAAACUACUUUCAAUCUGUGAGGAAAAUGACUGGAGUACUAAACAUAUAACAGAAUUGGAGUUAUUGUACAUAAUUGACAACCCAAAUGUGGGGAUGUGGCAUGCCUACCAACUUCUUGACCCAGAAGACGAUGCCCACACUGUUGAAUUAAUGCAGUUUAAAGAACAAUUUAAAUCACACCUCACUGAACUUAUACAAAAUGUGUCCAUCAAAAUAAAGAAGCACACAGAUGAAGCAGUAUGGAUCCGGCUUGCGUGGGGUGAAAGUUUUUCCCAGCCCAAUCAUUUUAAACCCACAUAUGUCGUACACUAUCUCCAAUCUCCUUAUGUUUUCAUGACCAGCCUAAAGUCAAAACAUAGGCCUUUGUUAGACCAGGCUUUGGUACUUGCCACUAGAUGCCAGUCUAUAAAGGAUGCUAAUCUCAGUGGGCGCAAGCUCAUUGCCAUCAGGGAUUUGCUCAUGAAACAAUAUGAACAGGUGUUUCCGUCCAAAUUUCCGAGACACAUUCCAGAAAACAAUGAAAAUGCCAGAAACCCACUGAUUGAACAAGAACAAUCUGCGCUGUCUUCAAACCGACUUCAAAUGGCUUGUGAGGCAUUUGGUGGGGGCAAGUUACCAGAAAUACAGUCUGCAGUUUACAGGCUGAAGACUAAAUUCAGAGGACACGCAAAGAACAUGGCACAGCGUAAAGAGCCCUUCAAAUGUGUUGUCAAAUUUUCAAGCACCAACUUACUGGAGUCUUUGAGAAGCUGUGCAUCUUCAGGAAUUGCUUCAACGCCUGUCACACCUCUGCUGUCAUCUAUUCCACUCAAAGGAAGGAACUACUUUGUCAUCACUGAUAACGGCCCUGGCUCUUCACAGACACUACACCAACAGAAAUGACUUAUUAUUUUAUCAUUCAUGAGUAGCUUUUUAGACCCAAUCAAUACGCAAAACAAACUAUUCCAGCUCUGUGUAUCUUUUUAAGUAACACCUGAGAUAAUUUAUUGUUUACCUGUUUAUCCAUAUAAAAACAGCAUCCAGUAUUUUAUAUGUAUAUAUUUUUAUACUACAUAUGUUUGAGUAGGUAAUACAAUGUCUUGUUUUUGGGCUCCUUUGGCACAAAUCUAUCCAUGCAUAAAUGUACAGUAUAAAAUGCAUGUAGAGCAUCA